AUGCAAUUCUCCACUCUUUUUUGCAUCUUUUCAUUGACUGCCACAACACUUGCAGAUCUUCAUUACAAUGCAAUCUGUGUAGAUCAAACAGAUGCCAGUAAUGUCUAUAAUGAUGCAGCGACAAUUCAAGCUUGCGAUUGGUAUAAGCUUAGGAAUAAAGGCGAUGAUUGGUGGAACACUUGUCCCGAUUGCGUCAUGAUCACCGACGGAUCACCGCAUUGUAACUCGGUUGCGCAACACAUGGGAGGAGAUGAGAUUACGUAUUAUUGUCAACUAGCUGGGGCGGGCAUAGCUCUGACUAGCUAA